AUGGACGACGCGCGCCCCGUCGAGACCUCGCCGCGUGGCAUCUACGUCCGGUUUGAUACCAAGCUUGGCACGGGCGCGUACAAGACCGUCUACAAGGGCUACGACACGGACCAGGGCAUUGACGUGGCCUGGAACGCGAUCGACAUUGGCGCGCUCCCGCAUGGCGAGAAGGCACGGAUCAUUCAAGAGGUCGAGCUGCUCAAGAAGCUCGAGCACAAGAACAUCAUCAACUUUUACGGCUCGUGGUACUCGAAAGAGAAGAACCAAGUGGUGUUUAUCACGGAGAUCAUGACGGCCGGGACGCUCAAGUCGUACAUCAAGCGCGUCCGGUUUGUCAAAUGGAAGAUCAUGAAGCGAUGGUGUCACCAGAUACUAGAAGGUCUCUCGUACCUGCAUAGCCAGUCGCCCCCGGUCAUCCACCGGGACCUCAAAUGCGACAACAUCUUCAUCAAUGGCAACACGGGCGAUUUGCGCAUCGGCGACCUUGGCCUCUCGACGCAGAUGGCGGUCGACAAGCUCCGCGCGCAGUCGGUGCUGGGCACGCCCGAGUUCAUGGCGCCCGAGCUCUACGACGAAAACUACGACGAGAAGGUCGAUAUUUAUGCGUUUGGCAUGUGCGUGCUCGAGAUGAUCACGCAAGAAGUCCCGUACGCCGAGUGCACGAACCCCGCGCAGAUCUACAAGAAGGUCAUGGCCGGCGUCCGGCCGCGCGCGCUCGGCCGCAUCAAGUCGCCCGCUGCCCGCGACUUUAUCGAGCUCUGCCUCUCGCGCGGCAACGGCGCGGUCGACGUGACGGCUGCAUACCUCGCUGCCCACCCGUUUCUGCAGCCCAUGGCCGACGACGACGCCGUGCCCGAAUGUGUCGACGAGCAGGACGCUCUGUCGCCGCGCCACACUGCGUACACGGUCGUCGACGACUGGGACCUCGAUGGCGCAAAAGCCAACUCGAAGCGCCGACUCUCGUGCCCGGUGCUGCCGCAAAAAGCGUCAAACGACGAUCACGACGAGUCGAAGCACCCGUCGCUCGUGUUCAAGUACCGGACUACGAUCGACACGCCGCUCUCGUCCGGCGUCGACGCGAUGGACGACCACGCAGAGACGAUCCUCAAGGGCAUGCAAGGCGCGGAGAAGAACCUCGAUGCGCGCAAGCAGGUCAUGGACGGCCGCAACAACCUCCUCCCGAAUGAAAAGAAGCUGCAGCCGCUGCCGGAGCGGCCGCCCCUCUCGGUGCCCCUCGCGUCGCCCGAGGCGUCGCCGCCGCCAGCGCCAUCGUCCGCGCCAACACCCCUCGUGCUCGGGCAGUCGCCGCCGCCGCCGCAGACCUUUCUUGGUCUUCGGGGGUCGUCGGGUGACUUUGCGUCGUGGCCAGCGACAUCGUCGUCGUCAUCGCUGGCGGCGAGUCCUAGCAAGUCGCCCUCGAUGCGCAAGCGCGGCCGGCGGCACGAGAUCAAAGCGACAAAGGACCUUGAGAACGACCACAGCAUCUGCCUCAGUCUGCGCAUCAUCCUCGACGGCAAGUCGAAGGAGAUCAAGUUUACGUUCAACCUCUUUAUCGACUCGGCCUUUGAAGUUGCUUGCGAGCUCGCGGCCGGCGUCGGCAUUCUGGAGCCGGACAUUGGGGACAUUGCCGACUCGAUCAGCUUCCUCUCGACCGAAGCCAAGAUGGCGAACCUCCCCGAGGUCGAUGUGGACGUGUGGGAAGAAGCGCCAGAGCCGCACUCGUUCUCGGCCAAACCGCUGCCGCAUGUCUCCAAGAUGAACCUCGUCGCGCACUCGACCGAGUAUGUGCUGGUCGAGAAUGGCUCGUCCUUUGUGUCGAUGACGUCGUCGUCGGCGUCGUCGUCGCAGAACCCCGUGUCGCUCUCGGGCGACCAAGCGCUCAACGUCGAGGACUGGACGCGGUCCGAGACAGAGACCAACUAUGAGCACGCGAUCCGCGCCGAGCAGGAGAAGCACGAGAAGGAACUCGAGCUCUUUCGAAAGAAGAUGGACGACCUCAAGAUGAAGGAGCUCGCGCAGCAGCAAAAGCAGCUCAAGCGAGACCCAUAG